AUGAUAUCCUCUGCGUCUUCCACGGCAGACACUCCUCGCGCCCAUCUUACCAACGCCGCGGCUCUCGAGUGUCUGCGGGAUCUGGACACUUCCUUGUAUGAAGAGUGUUUGAGUUUGGGUUUUGGGGGUAGUAAGAUCAACAAUUUUCGAUACUGUGAGACGAUGGCUGGGGAGGAGUAUGCGAGAAAUCUCGCAUGGGGUAAUGGAAAACGAAAGAGUGAUUAUGAGCUUGUGAGUCCGUGCCAUUAUAUGGAUUUCCCGCAGAAUUUGCUUGAGCCGCUGCUUGUCAAGUGGGCGACUACACGGGGCUGGUCGAUGAGGUUUGAUACGCGGCUGGUGAGCUUCACGGAAGAGGUUGGAGAUAAUGGCAAAGGCGAGGAUGAUUCAAAGAGAAAUAUCACAGCUACAGUUAUGGACCAGUUCACCGGGCUGGAGUACACGAUUCGCACCCGCUACAUGUUUGGCGCAGACGGAGGCCGCAGUACGAUUGCGAAGCAGCUUGAUCUGCCCUUUACAACACUCCCUGGUGGUGGUUUCGCCUACAAUAUUCUCCUGAGAGCAGAUAUUGCGCAUUUGAUGCAGCAUCGCGAGGGGAAUUUGCAUAUGUGUAUGCGUCUCGAAAAGGACUAUCCGUUCAUUACGACUGCCAGAAUGGUCAAGCCUUGGUACGAAUGGAUGUUUGUGGUUUUGCCCAAAGGUCCCACCGCGCCGAUUCCGAAACGCAGUACGGAUGAGUGGAAAGAGAUUGUGCAAGACCUUAUAGGUGACAAGAGCGUGGAUGUUAAGAUCUUAAAUGUGUCUGGCUGGGCAAUCAACGAGACGAGUGCGGACGUUAUAUCGAAGGGGAAUGUCUUCUGUCUCGGUGACGCCGUCCAUCGCCACCCACCCACGCUUGGGCUCGGCUCCAAUACCUGUAUCCAGGACUCGUUCAACCUGUCCUGGAAAAUAUAUCUUGUUCUGUCUGGUCUUGCUGACCCCUCUCUCCUCUCCACCUACAAUUCUGAGCGCCAGCCGGUCGGGGAGCAUCUCGUAAAAGAAUCCAAUGAGAUCCUACGCAAGCACGCUGGGGUAUGGGGCGCACUAGGCGUGCAGCCAUACGGAGCUUCUGAGGCGGAGAGAAAACGCGCGAGGGAAGUCUUGAAGGAGAAUAGUCAAGAAGGAAAGGAGAGAAGGAAGGUGUUGAUGGACAGCGUCAGGACGAUGCAUCGGGAGACUCAUGGUUUAGGCACGGCGAUGGCGCAACUGUACUCUUCGCCCGCCAUAUAUCCUCAUGACGAACUGGAGCCAUUUCAACCAGGAAUCCAAGAAACACAAGAUCCAGCACAGUAUUACGAACCGUCUACGUAUCCUGGUCGUCGACUCCCACAUGUUUGGCUUGGCACAAACAUCCCAAGCGCACCGCGGUCGACGCUAGACGUUGCCGGAAAAGGAAAGUUUGCCCUCUUCACAGGUAUCGGAGGUGAAGGUUGGGGAGUUGCCGCUGAAACCAUCAAGAAAGACUUAGGUGUGGAUAUCACGAUGGUGAACGUCGGUAUAGGAUUGGAAUGGGAGGACGUGUACCUUGAUUGGGAUGAGAAAAGAGGAGUCGAGGAAGAUGGAUGUGUGCUAGUUAGACCGGACUACUUCGUCGCUUGGAGGGCACAGAGUAGCGGCGAUGAAGUGGCACGGCUCACAAGGGUCAUGUGUAGCGUCUUGGGACUGGCUGAGUCUGAGUCGGCAAAGUAUGAUAGGUCGGAUAUCGAAGGUCGAGAGUAA